AUGCCUCCAUCAACUGCAGAGCGUUUUACAGCCGAAGAAGACUCCAAAAACUGCAAACGCAAAAAGCGACGUAGUCCACGAUUAACCGGCGUCAGUAAACAACGUAAGAAGGCAAAUGCACGGGAACGAGAUCGUGUAAGUGUCCUUAAUAACUACAUUCAAAUUCUACGGACCCUCAUUCCGCAGAACUGCAACAAAACCACGAAGUUUGACGUGAUAGUUGGCGCUACCUCGUACAUCUCACAACUUUCGUCUAUCUUACAAGGAGAGGACGAUUUCACAGUCAACAAAGAGAUGAAGGCUGAAGAUAUGGUUGAAAGCCAAUGA